AUGGAGGCCCAUGGGGUUACAGUUAUGAACGUUGUCGGGAUCAGUUACGGCGGCUUCGUCGGUUAUAGUAUGGCGGCGCAGUGUAAGGACAGAGUCGAGAAGUUGGUGCUAUGUUGCGAUGGGGUUUGUUUGGAAGAGAAAGAUAUGGAUGAAGGGAUGUUUCAAGUGAAGAGCGUGGAUGAAGCUGUUAGUAUUUUGCUGCCCCAGAAGCCCGACAAGAUGAGGGAAUUGAUGAAGAUUUCGUUUUAUAAGCCUGCUAAAGGAGUUCCUACUUGUUUUCUGAACGAUUUCAUCCAUGAAAUGUGCACAGAGUAUUUUCAAGAGAGAAAGGAAUUGAUCCAAGCAUUACACAAGGACAGAAAGCUGUCGGAUCUUCCGAAGAUAACCCAGCAAACACUAAUACUCUGGGGAGAAUAUGACCAAAUAUUCCCCUUGGAAUUGGCACACAGAUUGAAAAGGCAUCUAGGAGACAAUGCAGAACUAGUGAUCCUAAAGAAUGCAGGGCAUGCUAUCAAUUUUGAGAAGACUAAAGAGUUAUCUAAGUACUUCAAAUCUUUCCUUAUUGAUUCACUUCCUCUUUCGAAACCCAGAAACUAUAGCAAUGGCUGUAAACAGAUUGAAAGGUAUGCAAAAAUCCAGGAAUUGCCUUAUUAUCACCAUUUAUUUUUGUUGGAUUAGAUUGCAGGUGAUCCUUCCAAGUCAUUCAUACUCAGAUGAAGGAAUUUAUUAUACAGAUUAAGCAUGCUUCAAAUAUUUGUAAUUUAUGUAUAAAUUCUCGAAUCUUGAGCUUGGAUUGGCGUCAAUGGGAAGUUGUUUUUAGAGCAGAGCUAGACAUU